AUUACCACACUAUUUUAGUCGACGACUAGAUUUGUUUGGAGGUCUAACGUUAAACCUCAGCUGCGAACAUCUCACAGUUUGUCAGGAAUUACAGGGUCGGUGAAAAUGCAUUUAUUUUGCACGUCGCUUGUUUUGUGCGUCGUCCUCUCAGCGUGUCACAUGAUCACAUCCACCUGUGACGAGCUCUUGACUUCAGGAGAUGCUGAAUUCUGCAAGGGAGAGUUAAAGCUGAUUUACCCAGAUCUGGUUAUUGACAAGUGCUGGAUCAUCCCUCAGAUGACCAGAGAGAAGAUCAGCAAGGAGUGGGGAUCACCUCAAGUACAGAUGCCAUGUGCUGAUGAGGAGAAGAAAUACACUCUAUUAAUGGUGGACCCAGAUGCUCCUAGUCGUAAGAAACCCUCUCGUGCUUACUGGAGACAUUGGUUACUGGUUGACAUUAAGGGGGAAGCGUUCAAGACGGGAGAUGUCAGAGGCAUCGAACUCUCCGCAUACACCCGCCCCACUCCACCUCAAGGCACUGGGCUCCACCGCUACCAGUUCCUUGUGUUUGAGCAGCCUGAAGACCAGACCUUGUCCCUCAGCUCACAGGAGAAGAGCUCACUGGGUAACUGGGAUCCACUGGCAUUUGUUCAGAGGUUUGGUCUGGCUGGCCCAGUGGCUUCACUUCAGUUCCUCACCCAAAACCACAAGGACUAAAGAAACCCUCCAACCUGCAACUGACCUUUGACCUCUGGACUACACUCUAUGGCUUAUUUGUUUGCCUAGUUCUGAUAUUAUAUCCCAUAAUACUCCAUUGCACAUCAGUAUUUAGGAUCAUAUUUAA